AUGGUUAAAUCCACUUGGAUCAAGAUAGCCUUGGGAGCAGUGUUUGUACUACUGAACGUGACCUUGUUCAUGCAGUCUAAACACUUCGUUCUAGAGGUCCUGCUGGCGCAAACUGCCACCAACAAAUCUCUUUCAACCAACGUUACCCAGGAUACUAGUAUUGACCACUCAAGUCUGGACAGAAUGUUUGACCAAUCCAAUAGCGUUGUUACAAAUGAGAAGCCCUCUUUGCGUAAGCCGAUUGUCAACCCUCAUGAUUUCAAGUAUUUGAUUCAGCCCAACGUAACUUGUGCCAAUGAAGAAGUUACUCUGGUGAUUUGUGUCCCUAUAGCCUACAACAACUAUGAAGGCAGAUCUGUCAUCAGAAAAACAUGGGGAAGCUACGCCUACAACACGUCAAACAAAGCCCGUCUGGUGUUCUUUAUCGGGAACCUCCCGCCAGAAUCUGGCAAGUCUGCAGCAUUUACUCAAAGAAAUAUAACGGAAGAAUCUUUACAAUAUGGAGACAUAUUACAAGAAGAUUAUGUUGAUUCCUAUCGCAACCUUAGUAUAAAAUCUGUAUCCAUUUUGCAGUGGGUUAAUAUGUUUUGUUCUACUACCAAGUUUGUCUUAAAAGCGGACGAUGAUAUGUAUAUUAACAUUCCAUUUCUAGUUAAUGUAUUACAUGAAUAUUCCUCCGACAAAUCGCGCCCGAAGGCUUACGUAAUUGGAUCUCUGCAAGUAAACGCACACCCCAACAGAGAUUCAAACUCAAAAUGGUACACUCCAACUUCGAUGUUCCCAGGAAACACUUACCCUAACUACAUGUCAGGAACUGCCUACGCCAUGACUGGCAUUGCAGCUUCCCUACUGUAUCAGACUUCUCUUAGAGUUCCAAUAUUUUGGCUAGAAGACAUUUAUAUAACUGGAUUAUGUGCCAAAACGGCUUCCGUACAACUUUAUGACAAUGGGAAUUUUUCUUAUGGAAAACGGGCGGUGUCAGGAUGUUCAUUUAAGUCCAAUAUUUCCGGGCAUCGAUAUACACAUCAGGAGAUAUUACAGAUACACAAAGAUCUAUGUGAUCCAAAUCUUAAGUGUUGA